AUGACACUGUGGAAUAUCUCAAAAGUUCUUGCUGACUGCGAAAGAAUGCUUGAUAAUCACGAUUUAUUUUGCUUACACGGGAUAAGCCGGGCUCGAUGCAUCAAAUGCUCUCGAGGACAUGUUUCUAACAUCGGAAAAAUUAAUAAGCUUGGCAGCUUCAAACUAGACCCGGUCCUUGAAAAAAUGAUGAAAACACAUGAAGAAGAUAACAUUUGGGAUCGGCUUAAAAAUGAGGUGAAAUUAAAGUCAGAAAGAGAAGCUAUUGAAAAUUCUUGUAAAAUAAUGACAGAAGUUAUUGAAGAAGUUUUGCAGCAUACUCCAGAAGAAAAUAUCCCAGUUUCUUUUAUACAGUUUCUCAGUGAGACUAUAGAAUUAUAA